UGGGAACCGGCUAACAGCAAACACGGACAGUGUUUUGGACGGACAACAACAAGACGGGCCAACUGAGUGCUAGCUGCGUAGUGGAUACCUGUCACAGCUUUAUUAAAUAUUGGAUAUAAAUUGGUUGUCAUUCGGACCUUUGAGGUUAAAGGGUCUCAGCAGACGGAUAAAUGUCUGAUGCAUCAGAACUUCCUAAAAGAGAAGAAGAGGGGGAGGUUAGACCUGAACCAGAGGAACAAUCCGACGACAGCAGUGAGGAAGAGGCAGCAGGAGACACAGAGAUGGACUUUCUUCGUAACCUCUUCUCCAGCACUCUGGGCCUCGGCUCAGCAGACAAAGUUCUGGAUGAGCUGACUCUGGAGGGAGUGGCGCAAUACAUAAAGAGUGGCAAAUGUAAAAACAUCAUCUGCAUGGUUGGAGCAGGUAUAUCCACAUCGGCUGGAAUCCCUGACUUCCGUUCACCAGGAACAGGCCUUUAUGCAAACCUGCAGAAAUAUAACCUACCUUACCCAGAGGCCAUCUUCCAGAUAGAUUACUUUAAGAAACAUCCGGAGCCAUUCUUUGCCUUGGCCAAGGAGCUUUACCCAGGACAGUUCAAGCCGACAAUCUGUCACUACUUCAUUAAGAUGGUGAAGGACAAGGGGCUCCUGAAACGCUGCUACACACAGAAUAUUGACACCCUGGAACGAGUGGCUGGGCUUGAAGGAGAAGAUCUAAUUGAAGCUCAUGGAACGUUCUACACAUCCCACUGUGUAAGCUUCUGCUGCCGCAAGGAGUACAACCUGGACUGGAUGAAAGAAAAAAUCUUUGCUGAUGACAUUCCCAGAUGUGACAAGUGCAGCAGUUUGGUCAAGCCAGAUAUAGUCUUCUUUGGAGAGAAUCUGCCUGUCCGGUUCUUCACUUCAAUGAAGAUGGACUUUCCUCGCUGUGACCUUCUCAUCGUAAUGGGGACGUCUCUGCAGGUCCAACCAUUUGCAAGUCUAGUCAGCAGGGUUUCCAAAAGUUGUCCCAGACUGCUCAUUAACAUGGAGAAGGCAGGGCAGGCUGAUCCUCUGUUCGGUUUGCUUGGUUUUGGUGGAGGGAUGGACUUCGACUCAGACAAGGCAUACAGAGACGUAGCUCAAAUCAGUACAUGUGAUGAAGGCUGUUUGGCUCUAGCUGACCUGCUGGGAUGGAAGGCAGAGCUGGAAGAAUUGGUGAAGCAAGAGCAUGCCAGGAUUGACAGUCAGGACAAAAAAGAGAAGGCCAGGGAGAAGAACAAAGCUGCAGCCAAGGCGGGCUCUGCAUUGGUGGCACCAGAACCCAAAAAGGAAGAGUAACUAGUGAAAAAGCUCUCUCUUUUUUUAAUUGAAAGUUACUGUAGUGAUGUCACAGUUUGGAAUUGGCCCUUAAAGGCAGAUUAUGAUAGCAGGGUUUCUGUUUGAAAGUGAGCCAAUGACAGGGGUCUGUCACACUCAGUUUUAAUCAGACAUUUGUUUCCUCUGAAUAGUCCCUGUGUUUUAUGCUUUUGUUUAUAUCAGUUACGUGCACUUUACUGACAUUAAUACACUUUCCUAAUGUUUUUUGCAUUAUCUCACAUCUGUCUCAGAUGUAUAAUUGUUUCUGAGGAAGUUGACUCUAUGCAUUUUACUGCAAUAGACUGUGGCAUUGUUGCAGUAUAUCUACAUGUCAGCACCUCAUGUUUGUAGAUGUGUAGAAGGUGGUAAUUAUCUCCAACAACUCAAGCAUUGUGAUCAUGACUUUACUACACUGCACCAAAGCCGAAAUAAUUCUCCAAAUCAAGUAUUGCACACUUCUGAUGGAGUGAUUCUGGUCAUCUUCUUUUCACAAGCCAAAAUUGACUUCAUAUAACUAACAUAUCUCUCAAAAAAAUGAACUUCCUGAAAGGUGAACUGAGGUAGUUACACAGUGACUAUAACAGCAGGAUAAUUGGUUAUUUGCAACUUUAAAAAUGCUGUGAUUUUUAACUAACAGUGUUUUUCAUGUUAAUCCUCUACUCCUGAUUUCUGUGAUAUCUUUUAACACAAUGUUCUCAGACAUUUAUGGAGCAAAUGACGUUCUCGUAAUAUUAUGGAAAUGCAAACUGUACAUGAUGCGCAAAAUAUAAUCUUAACUCUGCCCUCUCUAUUGUCAGGAACACAGUUGCUCAUCAGUUGAUUUUCUACCUUUAAAACCUUCGGGGAUACAAGAGGAAUACAAGAAGUAUUAACAACAUGGAUUUCUAUAGGAGGGUGUAAUUUAACAUAAGAAGAUAGAGUUUCAUGGGAUAGCUGUAAAAGCAUGAAUUGUUGCAUUAUGAAAUAAAAAAAAUACAGGGGUGGACACAAUAAGAUGAACAUCUGUACAAUAUUAUGGAAACCGAUACAAACAUCCGGCAAUAAAGUUUACCUUUGUAAAGCUGA